UUUCAGCUUCAUCAUAUAAACAGAGUUGGCAGUAGGGCUAAUCACUACUUCGAGUCACUCGGACAUCUGCCGAUCUCUUUUUUUCGAUCUCACUGAAACGGUCGACAUGUUGAACACUCCAACUGUUAUUCUCAUCUCUUCACUCGUCCUGGCCUCGGGUUACAGUGUUCGUUCAACUGCUAAGAACACCGUUCAAGAUGCUCACGAUCAACUCACAAAGAGCAUUCGGUGCUGGGAGCCGAUUGAUGUCAACAAUCCAUCAAAAGGAUACACGAUGAGCGAGCCGAUCUACGAGUUGUGUAGCUACAUGCCAGACCCAAAGGACUACAACAAGUACUACGUCAAUGGAGUUCAAAUGGAUUCCGAUGAUUACACCAACAUCUUGGCCAUGUACGGAAAUCCAAUCCCAGGACACGCUGUGAUCAACGUUUGUCUACAAGAGGCAUUCCAAUUCCACGCUGCAAACCAUCCAUCUCAGGUCAGCCUACGUUGUUUGUGCAAAAGAGACGGUUGCAAUCUACCAAAAGGAUUUACAACCUUCCUCGAUUUCAAUAAGCUCCCGAUGCCAGAAGUCUUCUACUAAUUCCUGAAUCCUUUCGUCCAAUAAUAUGCUAUUCGUCGGGAUGUCGCCAGUCUUCUUUUCCUAUAAUCCCCAUUUUUGAAUAAUUCCUGAUUUUCUUCUUCCUUGAACCCGUGAUAAUGACCAUUUCUGAUAAUUGAACAAACGAACUGAAUAAAGAUGAGAAACGUUGCAG